UCAGUGCGUCGUGCGACUCCCAGUGUAUUGAGGUGUUACGUAGUAGUAUUUUCGUUUCAGUGAAUUCGUACUUUUUGCGAUGAGACAACAGGAAUUCGUGUUUUCACAGACGUUAUGGAAAAAACAUUUUUUUCUGCUGCAGAAUGGCCUUUUAGGUGAUUAAAAUUAUAAACUUCUCAGUGAAUGAUAUUUAUUAGCGACCGAAGGCAUCAUUUCCCUCGGGAAUUGUGAGUGAGUGGCCAAGACAACCACAGCCUUAGGAGGUGUGUGCGAUCCGGUGCUCAGGAUUAGGUUAAUGUUACGAUUCAUAAUACCAAGUGUAUCUUCAUGCUGUUAAUGUUUGGGGCGAAGACGUGGCUCAGGGAAAGCACUGAGAUGGCAACGAGAUCCAGAACAGCAAUGCUCACGAGACACACUGUGAAUGGCUUCCGCUACCAGGUGGCUGUGAUCACCAAGGGCCGUGCAGUGCUGGUGCAGGCGGUGGAGUGGAUGUACCAAGGCGGGCCAUGUGUAAAGACCUAUUUUCUCAGUCUAGGGCACUCCAAAGCUGACUACAAGCGCAAGUUCAACAGCGAACAAAGACAUCUGUUAGAGAGAGGUGUCCCAUUUAAGGAGUAUGACAUCUCACUGCUGUACAUUGUUCUCCAACUGAUGUGCGGACUGGCUGGCCCGAGCGACCCUGCCUGGGCCUCCCCUCCCACAGGCCAGCCUCUGGAACAUCUCCUGCACAAGGUGAAAAUAAAACGUAACGAUAUUGCACACACAAAUGACGUCCGGCAGAUGUCGGACCAAGAGCUUAUGAAAGAGUUGAGAAAACUUAAAUGCUUGUUCUCUAGGAUUCUUAGACUGGCCGGGAACAGAUGUGGAAUACGUCCUCAUGUUUUCCGUGAUCAGGUUUGGGAGAUCAAGCAAAACUUUCAGGAUCUCUUAAAAAAGGUUAGAGAGCCUCUUCAGGCUUCAGACCUAGACAAGUUCCCACAACUACAACAAGAAAUUCAAGUCUUCCAAAAAGCACUUCAAAACAAGAUAAAGGAGGCGAGUGAGCGGGAGUUGCGUGUUCUCUACCCGCAACUGUGGGAUGUGACUCUUGCACAGUGGCUGUAUCCAGAUCUGAAAAUCCGACCGAGUGUGAACUUUACUAACCUGGUAAUCAAAGAGGAUACCUCAACUCUGUCACCAUCUCAACAACGGCUACACCAGCCUCAGGACAUAUCUCAUGAGAAUCUGUUGCAAAUCACAGAUGUAUACAAUCGCCUGCCUGAAGUGAUCAUAAUAUCAGGCGAAGGAGGAAUUGGGAAGACCACGCUGCUGAAGCACAUGCUGGAGAUGUGGGUGAGAGAUCCCUCGCAAAUCAAAGGACUUCAAGAUGUUUCUCCUCUGCUGUACCUACAGCUAAGAGGGUCCACCAUUACCACCUGGAAAGACAUGCUUAAGAGUGCCCUUUGCAGUACAUUUCAGGAGUCUGGACUUACUACUGAAAUUUUUGCAGAUCUAUUUCAGGCUAUGCACGUUGUAGUCCUUCUGGAUGGUUAUGAUGAAGUGAGCAAAAAGGCAAAGGAGCUCAUAACUGAUCUCAUAAGCUACCGAAGAAACAUGCGUAUCGUGAUAACCACUAGACCGAGCUGUCAGAGAGAGCUGACUCAGAUAAUGAAGAAUAAGAAGCAAGUAAUGAACAUCGAAAUCAAAGGCAUUGAAAGGAAAAAUCGUUCUUACUUUGUUGAAAACACUCUAACUGCUCUUGUACAUGAUCCAGUGCGAAGAGAUGAUCUGAAAGAGAAAAUCAUUAGAAAUCUCGGGGACUUGAAAACGGAAAAGGGAGAUUUGGACGUUCCUCUAACUCUGACACUGUUGACCAUACGCGACGUUGAGGCUCCAGAUGAGAGCUCACCUGAUGUCUAUCAAGACAUAACAUCCCUCAUGAUAAAAAAAGUCAAGGAGAGGGUGGCAGCUAAGGGCAUUGGUGUUACUCUGGGCAAAGUUCGAGAGUAUCAUGAGUUCCAGAAAGGAGUUGCUCUACGAUGUCUGAAGAAACGCGAACAUGACUUGCUUUCAGAGACAGUGGAGGAUUUGAAGGCAAAGUGUAAUGAACUAAAUCUACCAUACAAAGAAAUUCUCUCAGGAUUUCUCGUCUCAAAGAAAUUUAGACAAGGUCUGUUUAUCGUCCAAGUGUGGUCCUUUCCACACAAUCGAUUUCAAGAACACUGGGCUGCAGGUCAUAUUGCCUCACAGUUAUCAAAGAUGUCCCACUCAUUGCCAGACAUGACAGGGUUGUUGGAUUUUGCUUUCCUAACUGAUGCCGAGAAGAAGAAAAAGCUUGGCAUGCCAGGACUGCCAACUGAGGAAGAAGUCGUAACCUUUAUGUACACCAAAAAUCCUAUUCUACAGAUUUAUGCAGACAAUAUUGAAGAGGCACAAGAACUGGUAUGGCGAAAUAUAGUAGGAGACAUAUCGGAAUAUCUAAUGGAAAUCGUUUUUAAUAUGGCACGUAUUUUCUCAUUGUCACAAGAGAACUUUCUGGAUAGGUUUGCCUCUGCUAUCAUCAGCUUCAUUUUAUACAGUGAUCAAUCUCAUCUGAUCAGUAAGAACAGCUGCCACAGGAUCUGUGAGACGGUGAUGGCUUCGGGACAACAUGCCAGUAUCUUAGAAGCAGCUGCCAAAGUGCUGAAAAACAGUGACACACUAAUGACUCGAGGGGAGUAUCUGCCUGGCUUCGUAGCUUUGUUUGACUAUGUCAGGCCUUCCUGCGUGGAAGUCUUCAUGAGUAAAGACACAGAAGAGUUGCCACCAAGCUGGCAAGUCUCUGGUCUGGAGGCAUUGUCCAGCCAGAACAUUGAACUCAUACUCAUUUUAAAUGAUGUAAAGAGUUCUAUUCAGUUUUCUGAAGCAUGUCUACGGGCAAUCACAGGCCCAGGAAGUGUUUGUCGGCUGACCAAGUUUGAAGGUGAAUUGACAGCGGUCGGGAUGCAGCUUCUUCCUGAGAGCCUGGAAGAGCUGAUAACCAAGUCUGACGGGGAGGGAGUGCGGGCUUUAGCCACGAGGCUCCAACUUCUACAGAGACUUCAGAUCCUAGACUUCAAAGGUCAACUGACAGCCGCCGAGGUGCGCCUCCUGCCCAGCAUCCUGAGGAAGCUGAACGUGGAGACGGACGGGGAAGGCUUCAGGGCCCUGGCAGCAAGCCUUCCUCACCUGGAGAAGCUGCAGCAUUUAGACUUCGAAGGCCACCUGACGGAGGCAGAGAUGCCCCUUCUGCCGGAGGUGCUCUUCUCACUAAAGGUCCAAACAGACGGUGCGGGUCUCCGGGCUCUGGCAAGGAGACUUCCCUGCUUGACGAAGCUGUACUCGUUAACUGUAACGCUGCUGGAGUGUCCUCCUGCUGAAUCUCUGAGCGCCCUUCCCUGUGAGGCACCGCAGCUGACACUAGACCUCAAGCAUGUCACUCCCCCUUCCUGGGAGUGGGUUUGCGAUGCUGUACAGAAAGUCUGCCUCGGACGGAAUUUGCGAUGUUAUGUAGGCUUCUCAAGUGAUUACGACAAGCUCCAGAUACAGCGCAUUGGGCAGGAGCUCCGUGGCCGCGGCGCGAACCUCGCCUGUCUGCCCUGGUAUCUGCACAUCUUCUCUUUCCCGCGGCCGGUCGAAGUCACGGCGACGCCUGGCGAGUGACGCAUCGCUAUCCUUAGACUUUACGUCAAAAUCAGGAUUAUGUGCCAGUGUAUUCUACAGCUUGCUUGAUGUCAAAGCAUUAAGUCAUCCAAUCAUUUUCCAUGAUUAGAUUGUAUGUUUGACUUUUGUUUGGAAAUUGAAAUGUAAAUAUGUAAAUGCAACAGUACCAAGAUGUCUUCAGUGCGCAACCUCUCUCCUGGAAAAAGUUAGACGCCACCAAAUAGUGUGGAAUUCUGAGCGACGUUUCUGCCACAAACAGGAAAAAACUGGAAAGCAAACAGCAGAAGAGUCCACAGAGUCCACUAGCCAGGGCGCAUGGUGGUCGCCGGCUGUGGCUCCUUCGCGGCGCAGUCUGAAGGCACGGUGGAGGGCUCCCAGCCGGACACAGGGUUUCAUUUCUUUUUCAUUUUCCUUUUCGCAUGCAUGAGAUAUCCUGCUGCUGUUUGUGGCUGGUGGGUCGGUGGCGUGAGAAAAAUGCAACUGUCUUUCUUGCUCAAAUUCCGAAUAUCUAGUGAUUUCAAUCUUCUGUGAUUAAGGGUGGAAAGUCAUCAAUUUACUUAGAUGUUUAAUCUAAGAAUAUUUAUAUAGUUAUUAUUUCGUUGAUCCUGUGAUAUGAGUAGAAGCUGUCUUAUUUCCAUUUCUGUGUACUGUAUUUCCUGAAAUGAAAUAAAUUACAGAAAUUCCA